GCCGCCGCGCUCGGAGCUGGGCGCUCCUUCUCCGUCUGCCGCUCGUCCUCCGCCGCCCCGCCGCUUCUUUCCUCCGGCCGGAGCUCGCCUCGAGUCCGAAGUGCCCCCCACCCCCCCCACACGCGUUAAAGGAGGCCAUGGUGGAUUACCACACCGCUGGACAACCCGCUUACCAGUACGGCGGCAACGGGCCGGGCAUCGGCGACUACAUGGCUCAGGAGGACGACUGGGAUCGGGACCUCCUGCUCGACCCGGCCUGGGAGAAGCAGCAGCGCAAGACUUUCACAGCAUGGUGCAAUUCCCACCUUCGGAAAGCCGGCACGCAGAUCGAGAACAUCGACGAAGACUUCCGCGAUGGUCUCAAAUUGAUGCUGUUGCUGGAGUUGAACGAGCUGGAUUAUUACGACUCUCCCAGUGUCAACGCCCGGUGCCAAAAGAUCUGCGACCAGUGGGACUCCCUGGGGUCCUUGACCCACACACGAAGGGAAGCGCUGGAGAAAACAGAGAAGCAGUUGGAGACCAUCGACCAGCUGCACCUGGAAUACGCCAAGCGAGCGGCGCCCUUCAAUAACUGGAUGGAAAGCGCAAUGGAGGACCUCCAGGACAUGUUCAUUGUCCAUACCAUAGAGGAGAUAGAGGGCUUGAUUGCUGCCCACGAUCAGUUCAAAUCCACAUUGCCUGAUGCUGACCGAGAAAGAGAAGCCAUCCUGGGCAUCCAAAGCGAAGCGCAGAAGAUCGCAGACUACAACAACAUAAAACUCUCCGGGAACAAUCCUUACACGUCGGUCACACCUCAGAUCAUCAACUCCAAGUGGGAAAGGGUCCAGCAACUGGUACCCAAGAGGGACAGCGCCCUUCAGGAUGAGCAGAGCAAGCAGCAGUCCAAUGAACGCUUGCGCCGACAGUUCGCCAGCCAAGCCAACAUCGUGGGGCCUUGGAUCCAGACCAAGAUGGAGGAGAUUGGGCGCAUCUCCAUUGAGAUGAACGGCACCCUGGAGGACCAACUCAACCACCUCAAGCAAUAUGAGCUGAACAUUGUCGAAUACAAACCCAACAUCGACGUCUUGGAGCAGCAGCACCAACUUAUCCAGGAGGCCCUGAUCUUCGACAACAAGCACACCAACUACACCAUGGAGCACAUCCGGGUUGGAUGGGAACAGCUCCUCACCACCAUUGCCCGGACCAUCAACGAGGUGGAGAAUCAAAUCCUGACCCGGGACGCCAAAGGAAUCAGCCAGGAGCAGAUGCAAGAAUUCCGGGCCUCCUUCAAUCAUUUUGACAAGGACCACGGCGGCUCCCUGGGACCCGAAGAGUUCAAGGCCUGUCUCAUCAGCUUGGGAUACGAUGUGGAGAAUGACCGACAGGGCGACGCAGAGUUCAACCGGAUCAUGAGUGUUGUGGACCCCAACAACAGCGGUGUGGUGACUUUCCAAGCCUUCAUCGAUUUCAUGUCCCGGGAAACAACCGACACAGACACAGCUGAUCAGGUCAUCGCUUCCUUCAAAGUUCUGGCUGGAGACAAGAACUACAUCACGGCGGAGGAACUGCGGCGAGAACUCCCUCCAGACCAGGCAGAAUACUGUAUCGCCCGGAUGGCACCUUACCAGGGUCCUGAUACCAUUCCUGGGGCUCUCGACUACAAAUCCUUCUCCACGGCGCUGUACGGCGAGAGUGACCUGUGAGGGCGCGGUGGCAGCAGCGGCGGUGGCGGCAAAGCGCUGGCACUUCUUAGGAAGGGAGGAGGGGAGGCCCAUUCCGUUUCCUUCCACACCGUAUCUUCGUUUUCUCUCUCUUUUUCCUCUCUCUCUGCCUCUUCUUCUCACUCGCGCACACACCCACAGCCGCCAGGGACUACUCUUCCUCUCUCCCCCCGGGCUAUUUCUUCUCUCUGAAGACAAGUAGCUGCCUCCUCUCGUAUUUUUUUUUUCUUUUUCUAUUUUUUUUU